CUCAGAUUGGCAGUACUACAAUUCCUUACCAACCAAUUACAUAAACACACUGUUCAUCGUCUCGCUCUCGCACUCGCUCUCGAUCUCUGAGAAAGUGUGCCGUACGAUACGAUACGAUAAGCUUCUCCUCAAUUCUCCAACUGUUUCAGUUCCUCCGGUUGUUUGUCGGAGCAAAGACAAAAGCAAUUAAAGCGGCAGCAGAUAUCACAAACUCAAAGAAAGAAAGAAAGAAAGAAAGAGAAGAGAAGCAGAACAACGCCGACAUCAUCCAUGCGGACGGAGGUACUGGCGAUGACGAUGCAGCAGACCCUCACGCCGGAGGCGGCUGCGGUCCUCACGCGUUCCAUCGAGGAGGCCCGCCGCCGGCGCCAUGGUCAGACCACCCCACUCCACGUGGCGGCCAACCUCCUCAGCUUCCCCUCCGGCAUCCUUCGCCGCGCUUGCGCCCUCUCCCACCCGCUCCUCUCCUCCUCCCACCCCCUCCACUGCCGCGCCCUCGACCUCUGCUUCUCCGUCGCCCUCGACCGACUCCAGGCCAACGCAGGCGCCGGCGGAGGAUCUGAUGACGACGCCGCGGAUGCCUCGCCUCCGCUCUCCAACGCGCUCGUGGCGGCCGUCAAGCGCGCCCAGGCCCACCAGCGUCGCGGAUGCUCAGACCAGCAGCAGCCCCCGCUGCUGGCCGUCAAGGUCGAGCUCGGCCAGCUCGUCGUGUCCAUCCUUGACGAUCCCUCCGUCAGCCGCGUCAUGCGCGAGGCAGGCUUCUCCAGCCCCGCCGUCAAGUCUGCCAUCGAGCAAUCCCUUUUCUCCGGCACUAAUUCGCCAUCCACCAAAAACGCCCACAUGAGUCCAGUACUUCAGAAUCAGGGACCAGAAUCCAAGAACAAAAGCGAGGUAAAUUUGAAGAAGGUGCUCGAAAUAAUGACGAGAAGCAAUAAGAUGAACCCGGUGCUCGUCGGUGAGUCCAACGCGGUGGCCCUGAUGAAGCAACUCCUGGAAAUGAUAAGAAACGAGGAGCUAGGAAUGGAAGCCCCGGCGACGCUGCGGUUCGCUCAAGUCGUCUCCUUGGAGAAGGAAAUCGGUUCCUUGGAACGAAGUUUGAUUCCCCGAAAGAUUAGCGAACUGUACAGAGAUUUGGAACCCGGAAUCCGAGCUUUCCCCGUCGACGGCAGGGUGGGAGGUCUAAUUCUCGACCUGGGCGACUUGAAGUGGCUUGUGGAGGGCGUCAGUGCGGAAGGCGGGAGCUCUGCGCAGCACCUGCAGUCGGGCCGCGCCGCCGUGGCGGAGAUGGGUCGGCUACUGGCGAGGCUCCGCGAGAGGAACACAACCAGGGUGUGGGCCGUGGGCACGGCGACGUGCGCUACGUACCUGCGGUGCCAGGUGUACCACCCGACUAUGGAGAGCGAGUGGGACCUGCAGGCGCUGCCGGUAGCUCCUUCGAGGUCGCCGCUUCUCACCGGCCGCGGCUUCUUCCCGAGCUCAACACCGGCGAAUGCACGUUCAAUGUUUCCGACGUUGCAGUACUCGAGCUGCUUCCAGAGGACCGAUUUGUGCCCUCUUUGCAGAGAGGGCUACCAUAUCGAGCUUGCAAAAUUGGUUUCAGAAGAAAGAACAGAGAAUUCCAACGUCAAUCUAUCUCAGUGGUUGCAGAUUGCACUCCCCUGCAACAACAAUUCCAAAGCUGAUCACCUUCAGAAGCAAAAGGCUGAAGAGCUGCUGGAAACAUGGCGUGGAAAAUGCGCUCGGUUGCACAUGAGCUCCCGUGCAACAGUAAUCACAUCGGAAAGAAUCCUCUCAGGCAGCAUUUCGCCACCUCCAAACGACAGUGGCCGGAGUCUGAAGCUUAAUUCAUCGAAGCACCAAGUUGUUCCGGUGAAAACAGACCUCGCUCUGGGGCUUUCUUACCAGAAAUCCACCACCGACUCACCAAUCCAGCACUGCCGGAGCAUCUCCGACGACGCCCCCGAUUCACGGGAUAGGCUGCUGCAGGGCCUAACAGCCGCAGUCAGCUGGCAACCGGAGGCGGCCUCUGCCAUUGCCACUGCGUUAACCAAGAAAUCCAAGCUCUGCAAUGGGAAACUGAUACUCGAGGCUGGCUCAUGGCUACUCUUCUCCGGGCCUGACAAUGUCGGAAAGAGGAAGAUGGCCUCCGCGCUCUCUGAGCUCAUGUUCGACGAUCCACCAGUCACCAUCCAUCUCAGCAGCCCCUCAGCUGAUGGCGAUGAAGCCGAACCAGGCACCAACUUUCAGGGUACGACCGUGCUCGAUCGCAUCGCUGAGGCAGUCGGCCGCAAUCCCUUCUCGGUGAUCGUUCUCGACGAAAUAGACCGUGGCAGUCAUUUGGCACAGGAGGCAAUCAAGAGUGCCAUCCAAAGAGGACGGUUCCACGACUCCCACGGCGGCGAAGUCAAUCUCGAAACGGGAAGCAUCCUCUUCAUCCUCAUCUUAGACUGGCGGCAUGACCACCUGAAGGAUUUUGAGGAUUGCCAGCUCCAGUCUGAGGACAAGCUGCUGGAUUCUGAUAAUUCUGAAUGGCAAUUGGAGCUUUCCUUCUGCGAAAAGAAAGGUAAGCGCAAUGCCGACCGAUUCUCCGAGGAGCAGCCACAGAAGCAGAAAAAGCCUUCUCUCGAUCUGAAUUUAGCUGCCAGUGUAGACGAGUCUUCAGAAGAGGGCUCAUGGAACAACAGUGACCUCACUGUGGAGCAGGAGCACAAGCAACAGCAGCAGCUUGCCACUGGGGGCCCAACACCAUCUCAUGCCUCUCAGCUAAUUGACAUGGUGGACGCAGCCGUCGUGUUCAAGCCAGUCGAAUUUGGCUCACUGAGGGAUACGGUCACCAGAUCUAUCUCGUCGAAGAUCACGAAGAUCAUGGGCGACCAGCAAACGCUACAGAUCGAUGAAGAGGCACUCGAUCGAAUAGUUGGCGGGGUUUGGCAAAGUGGUGCCACCAACUUGUUUGAAGAAUGGACUGAUAGAGUUUUAGUGCCUAGUAUCAAUCAACUAAGCAAGAAUUCAGAUGUCAAUGGCCGAUCUAUCGUAAGAUUAUCGUCCACCAAGAAUGAUAACCAGUCAUCCCAGAAUGGUAGUUGCGCGAGGAAUUGUUUUCCGAACUCCAUUAGCAUUGCCAUUGAUGGAACUUGAAGGGGAUGGUGCAAGAUUACAAGUUUUGAUUGGUCAUCUAGUCAUAAAGAGAGAGAAGUAGCUCAAGAACUACUCUAACUAGCUAGCAACAAUUGAUACUGGAGGGGGAAAGAAGUAUCAUUGUGUAGCAUUAGGAUCAUGUCUGAUCUUGUCCAUGAAAUUCACAUUGGCGCAUUUAAUGUCCAUAGAGUGACUGCAUAUUUUUCUCUAAUGCAAAUUUAAUGGAUGAAUUGUUGAUGCAUGCUAGCUUAAGACA